AUCGCUAAUGAACUUGACAAAAAAAAUAAUACAACUAUUACUGCAGAAAUCAAAAGAAUCCUUACUAAUGAUGUCUAUAGAAAACUUACUGCAGAAAUUAAUACUAAAAUCACCAACGAGCUUUCCACACGCCUGUCUGAAAUUAAUACUGAACUUAAUAGUAAACUUAUCGCAAAAAUCACCAAAAUUAAUACAUGUGAUGCUGGCUACGCUUCUGAGGCGCAGAAAAUUUUUUCAAUGAUUAAUAACAUAACUACAAAAGUUAAUAAUAUCGAAGAAGCCUGCUUGGUUCAAAGAUCCGAUUUUGAUCAACAAAGUGUGUCCAAUGAAUCUGAAGCUAAUUCGACCAAUGAAUCUGAAACUAAUUCGUCUCCAAGCUCUUCUUCUGGAAGUUCUAAUUUAUCUAGAAUUUUUGAUAUUACUGGAGACAUUAGAAUCCGCUUUAAAGAACACUUCGAUCAGCUUAUGAAGACGAGGAAUUAUGCUUUUGAUGAGAU